GACAGCUACAGAAGCAACCAUUCUACAGGAUCAUGUGUGUCGUAGUCUCCAUUUACAUUCCGGUUACACCGGAUAAAAAAAACACAAUGUCUCCGCAUCAGGCAUGUAUGUGAUCAGCAGUUAUGUUCCAUAGCGUGUUAAUUCGUGGGCUUGGGAAACUGUGGAAGCUUAAUUAAUUUACUAGGCUGUCUACAAGAGUUUACAGAGUAAAAUCAGGCAUAUUUCUCUGUUGGAAAGAGGCUGUCUUUUUAAUUCAUCUUGGACUUUUGCAAGGAUUUAUCAAUUACAGUGUAUGUUGGUAACCGCGGCGGUUCCACCCUCUGUGCUUUGAUCUUUAUCCACCCUUCUGUAGCGAUUUGAAGCGACUCACAUAAUUAUAGUUGGAAGAGGUAAUAAAAGCAACACUGUAACGGAUUGGAAAAAUGGGGAGCACGAACUCUUGCUGUGUAUCUUCCAGCCCGAAGCUCAGGAGAAAUGCUCAUUCGAGGCUGGAGUCGUACAACCCGGAGCCGGAGUUGAGUAGGGAGGAUACCGGCUGCAAUCUGCAGCACAUCAGCGACCGAGAGAAUGUCGACGAGCUGAAUAUGGAAUACAACCCCUCGGACCACCCUCGAGCCAGCACCAUCUUCCUCAGCAAAUCUCAGACAGACGUGGAGUUGCCUAGCAAGAAUGUGCGUGAAAAAAGAAAGAGUGUCUUCGUUAAUCAUUUAACACACAUUGACGAGUCUAAGCACGGAUCGACAAGAAGGAAACAUAGCUCCUGUUCCACCAUCUUCCUGGAUGACAAUACUGUCAGUCAGCCGAACCUAAAAUUCACCAUCAAAUGUGUAUCCCUUGCAAUAUAUUACCAUAUAAAGAACAGGGACACAGAUGGAGGAAUGCGGCAGGACAUUUUUGAUGAAAAACUCCACCCUCUUUCGAAAUCUGAAGUGCCGUCUGACUAUGACAGACAUGACCCGGAGCAGAAACAGAUCUACCGCUUCGUACGGACACUGUUCAGCGCAGCCCAGCUCACUGCAGAAUGUGCCAUAGUUACACUGGUGUACCUCGAGAGGCUCCUGACGUAUGCGGAGAUAGACAUUGGCCCAGGGAACUGGAAGCGUAUCGUCCUGGGAGCCAUCCUGCUGGCCUCCAAGGUGUGGGACGACCAGGCAGUGUGGAACGUAGACUACUGCCAGAUCCUCAAGGACAUCACCGUGGAGGACAUGAACGAACUGGAGCGUCAAUUUCUGGAGCUAUUGCAAUUCAACAUCAACGUUCCAUCGAGUGUUUAUGCCAAGUAUUACUUUGACCUGCGCUCGCUGUCAGAGACAAACAGUCUGAGCAUCCCUUUGGAACCUCUGAGCCGAGAUAAAGCCCAAAGACUAGAGGCCAUCUCAAGGUUGUGUGACGACAAGUACAAGGACGCCCGGCGAGCGGCCAAGAAGCGCUCGGCAAGCGUGGACAAUUUGGUCGGGUUGAGAUGGGUCCCUGCCAUUCUCUCCUAACCUCCAGCACCAGGUCUGUGGACCCAGAUGCCGGGGCCAGCAAGGGGACAUCUAGUCACCAUCCCAAAUGGUGCCCCAUUCACUAUGUAGUGCCCUUGUCAGGAGGGGAGCCUGGUCAAUGGUCAAAAGUAGUGCACUGUAAAAGGAAUAGGGGAUAAUUUGUGGGACAAACCUUUUUUCUACCUGGAUAGACAGACAAAUGGACCAUGUCUCUGUCGCAGCCAUAAAGAUGCCUUCACAGUGCCUCCGCUCCUGUAACACAGAAGGACAAGCUCUCUAAGAGACGAGUAGUUCUUUGACAGUUACAUGUGAGAGAAAUUAGAGCUUCUUUGUAGCUAUACACCAAUAAGGUAGACAGUAAAAAAUAAAUACAUAUAUUAAAAUUUAACAGCAAAGCGACCUGCUGUUACAUUACAGCGUCAAUGUGAGUUUUAUACAUUUUACUGUUUCAGCAGACUGCACUGGAAGAUGUUGUGGCAAAGCAAAAGCCAAGUGGGACAUAUUCGGCACUGAGCGGAAAACAACUAACUGAAACGUGGAGGCACUAUAUGCACUUGGUUUUAAAAAAAACAGCCCGUUUUAUUUUCCAAGUGUUCUGCUGUGUCAUGCACGAGUUAAUAGGACCAUGGUUCUGCACUGUUCAAGCUGGUGUGACAGGACAUACAGCAGAUUCACUUUGAAGAUGUUUUUUUGGUUUUGGUCAACAAGUUGUUUUAUUUUGUAUUUAUUCAGACAUUUUUACAGCUACACUGCUAAAUCCAACCAAGUAAACCCAGGUAAACCAAUAACACCAAGCAUAACAGUAUGACCAGGUAUACCAGUAAGACCAGAUAUAACAGUAAGACCAGGUAUACCAGUAAGACCAGAUAUAUCAGUAAGACUAAGUAGAACUGUAAGACCAGGUCUUCCAGUAACACCAGGUAUACCAGUAAGACCAGGUAUUGCAGUAAGACCAGAUAUAACUGUAAGACCAAGUAGAACAGUAAGACUAAGUAUACCAGUAAGACCAGGCAUAACACUAUGACCAGGUAUAACGCUAUGACCAGGCAUAACACUAUGACCAGGUAUAACACUAUGACCAGGCAUAACACUAUGACCAGGUAUAACACAAUGACCAGGCAUAACACAAUGACCAGGCAUAACACUAUGAACAGGUAUAACAGCAUUCAAGCUACAGCAGGUCUUUCUACUCCAUGUCUAUGUUUACAUUCCAUACUCAUUUUCUGUGCCACUCAAAUGGUACUGUAUUCCUAAUCUCAGACACCCAGAAUUAAAGUAUUAUAUAAUUGCAUUAGAUGCUCGAUUGAGUCCUGAAGGUGAUACAGUUAUGCAAUUGGCAAAGGCUCCCUAUUUAAAAAUUUGACCAAAUGCAAGCACUUGCAAAGUCAUAUUGAGUCAAAAUAACCAAUGAGAUGGGAAAAAUGCAUACUGGAACAAGUUUGUUGUAAGUGGUCUCAUCGCACAGUCUAUGUGUAUCCGUUCAAUAGAGAUUACCAUAUUCCCUGUAUACUGCAAUACUUAAGAACAAAAGUAGUGCAGUAUGUAGGGAAUAGGGUGCCAUUUGGGACGCAGUGUGUUCGUUUUCUAAAAGUUUUCUACAUUCUGUUUAUUUUCAAUUAACUAGGACCUUUGUAACUGCCUCAACAGUUUCCACUAGGAUACCUUUCCAGUUGAUACAAAAGAAAAUAAGUUGAAAAAUGUUAAACUUAUCUCGAACAUGAUUUGUGUUUUUUUGUCUAAAGACACAAAGUUUUAAGAUAAUGUUUAUUUUAUUUUUAAGAACAAAUACCUGAACCCUGAGCCAAGUUUAAUAUAAAGUAGAUUUUGUCUUUAAAUUAUGUUUUGUUUUAAAUGUUAAAAUCUUAAAAGGUUCAUGAUCAGCUUUUAUUGUUUGUGUUUUUAUAAUUUAUCAAAAAGACCAUUGUCACGGGUAUUCGUGACAACCAUAUUGAAACACUACAAUUAUAGGAAUUGUUUUGCAAAUCAACUUUGUACCUUGUAUGAAACAAGUAUUAAAUUAAUGAUGAAAUCAUUAACUUAAUUGUGAAAUAUUUAUAUGGUCGUGUUGAUCUAUGUUUGUAAUAAAAUAAAAUGACUUAUUUUUCUAUUUGUUUUUGACUAAAACAUUUCAACAGUUUAAAAUGUGAAAAUAAUAAUAAACACUGAGAGGAUAGUGGAAGAAAGUUAUUAUGUUUGAAAUAAGGAGCCAGUGACAACGGUCAACGAUGCUAUGAGCUUUUCUCACAUUUGUAGUCAUGUUACUGAACAAACCAAUCAAUGUAUAUCCGGGAUAACUAAACUAUCGCAGCACAAUCAAACUGUGUAAUGCUGUAACUAUUAAUGCAGCAAUGUAAACAGUGUCCAUACUUAACAAGUGUUAAGUGUUAAACAGCUAUUUUGAAAAUGUGAAUGCUCUUUUAUGAGGAGAACUUUCAAAUGCAUUUUUUUCGCUGGUUUUGAUAAUCACUAAAUCACCCUGUUACCAUUGUAUACCUUUAGCUAAAGUGAAAAUAUUAGCAUGAUAGCUGUGGGCUAGAGGAGGGACAUAUGUUUUACUGUCAAAUGUCCAAUAUGUUGCAGCUCUUGUCUUGACCAUUAAAAUAGCCCCAUGGACAAA